AUGAGCGGUCUCGGACCCGCCGCUUGUUGGCUUGCCCACAAACGAAUCGAAUCGUGGUCCCGUAUGGCCAAAGAACGUGUCGGUGCGGUGCGUCGUGUAACGCUCGACCGCAAUUCAGAAGAUAAUAACGGUCCGACAACAUCUACGUCCUCCACACCACCGCCUCCACCUAUGACGCCACCACCGUCUGCUUCGUCGGUGGCAUCGACCACAAGUGGCAUUGGUAGUGGAGCGGGCAGCGUCAGCGAUAGUUGUGAUUUGCCAACAGACUCAGAGGAAGUGAAUGUUGUCAAAGAGACGCAACCCAUACAACCACCAUCCACUUUGGGCGGUUCAGCACACAUAGUAAAUGCAGAUGUGUUGCGCGGUCCAGCAGAAAUUCUUCACAGCCCAUUACACUUGCACCACCAGAGUCGUUCUUUCCCACCGCGCCUACAGCGCACACCAUCUAUAUCCAGUCAGUCGAGCGUGGAUAGCGCACCAUCAAGGCAUUCAGCACACCGCGGCUCAUCGCCUCAGAUUCGUACAUUCGGACCCGAUGGACGAAGCUCGCUUCCUACUGAUCCUGGCUUUCCUCACCACUUGGCUCGCUCACCAAGUCCAAUGCGUACGAUUUCACUGGACGCCCGUUGCGGUAGCCCUGCUUCGACAGAUGUCAGUGACUUGCGUACGCCCAGUCCCUCACAGAGCAGCCUCGCCUCUAUAGCCGGUGGCUCGGCUACUUCCAACAUCAGCAUGAAUUCAGCAAAGGUCGGUCGCUGCCUUUCCCCACUACUAAUACCGCCACGUACACCAGCGGGUAUUGAUCCUGCCAUUGGACCAGCUUCGCCACUUGGCGCUUUGCAGCCCGACUUAUAUCGGGUACCAGAUGGGCCCAUCUAUUUGACGGCUCCUGAGUCUAGUCCAGCUCUGGGACGCCUACAUUUGCGUGUUAAAUACGACUACCAUCUUUUUGAUUUAACAGUACACCUGAUCGAAGCUCACAAUCUUUGUCCGAUUGAGGAAGGAGGUUUUCGCGAUCCGUACGUGCGCCUUAUGCUUGAGCCUGAGGUGGAUAAUAGGAAGCGACAGACACACAUACACCGUGGCGAAUCAAAUCCAUAUUUUGAUCAACAUUUCAAGUUUCCCGUUUCGCGCGAUCAACUGCAGGGCAAGGAGCUCAAAUUACAGGUUUUGGAUUACGACCGCUAUUCCCACAAUGACAUAAUUGGAGAAGUGCGUAUAUCUGUCGAUAAGUUGGACCUGUCAAAAUCGGUGGAGAUCUGGGGUGACUUGUUGCGUGUCAGAAAACCACAAGAAAAUCGUCCGGAACUUUUAUGUUCACUGAACUAUUUGCCACAAGCCGAGCGUCUAACAAUUGUCAUUAUGAAAGCAAAGAACUUGGACACUAUCCAAGAACCCUAUGUUAAGAUUUAUUUGAUUCAAAAUGGCAAACGUGUGAAGAAAAAGAAGACCAGCAUUAGCAAGUCUGAAGAUCCUGUUAAUCCCAUUUGGAAUGAAGCAUUUACAUUUAAUUUACAAUCAGUAUAUUUGCACAGUGCGGCGAUAGAGAUUUAUGUAGUUGGCUCUGGUGGGGAAGCUACGGAAAUUGGUAGCUGUGGCCUUGGACCACAGGAGAUCGGUACUGGCUGCCAACAUUGGCAUGAUAUGAUCAAUAAUGCGCGCAAACCGACAGCAAUGUGGCACUACGUGCGCUAAAAUCUACUUAACUUGAAAAUAAAUUUAAAUAGAAAUCUAAACACAUAAGUAUUUACACGUCUAGUAACAAGUAUUCGUACAUCGAUGAACUCGUAUGUAAGUAUGUACGUAUUUUAUGUGCGAAUACUUAUUAAAUACCCUUUCUACAAUACCGAUUUUCGUGUUAUUCGAUUCUUCAAUUAAAGAAAUUUUAUUGAAGUAAUUAUUUUAAGAAAAAUAUAUAACACGUUUUGAAAGAAAAAAACCUGGACUCACAUUGUAUUCAGCCUAAGCAUUUGUUAAACCCACUAUCAAUGCAGCCCGGUCUUAUUGUUCUGGCAAACUCAAAAGUUGCGCGUGUUUCGUUGUUUACUGAUUUGAAUAGGUCUUUCAAAACCAAACUCAAUAAAUCUAAAAUUGUAUGGUCAUACUUAAGCUUUUGGGUGUGUCUUUUUGAUGGUCUGCUGCUGAUACUCAGCUGAUUAGUUUUCGCAAUAUUUCACAAGUUCGCGCCGAACGUGUUGUUUAAAAAUAUGGAAUUAUGGGCCAAUAAUUUCGUUUCGUUUGAACUUAAUUUUGCGCUAAAAACAAUAAAUAUAGAAUACUGAACUUCAAAGUAGAAUUUUUUAAAUGACAGCUGGAAUGCGCGACAUUGCGAUUGUUGCAGAAAUUUUGUGACAGAGCCAUCUGAUAUGAUUACAGGUGCCAUCUCUUAAAAAGUAUCAUUGCCGCAAUCAUUACAGCUCGAACACACUCUCAUUCUCUUUAGUUCAAAGCAUAAGAAGCUUCAAAAUACAAUAAUGAAAAUUAAUAUAAAUAGUUUUGUCUUUGAAUCAUUUUUAAAUCCGCAUAGU